AGAAAAUACACCGAGCUGCUGGAUAUCACACACACCAAAAGGUCCAUAGAGGGUGGACACUUCAGCUACAACCGGCCGUUGUUCAUGUACCCCAACCCCAACAAGAAGGCUGCCAACUACCAGGCGCUGUCCGCUCUGUCGCCGGAAAAGCCGGUGAUCAUCCAGUCUGCCUUGUGUCAUCAUUUGGUAGCCGAAAAGUUCACCUACAUUUGCAUCGACGUGAUGAAUCACAAAUUCAUUCGGUACAGUUACGUGCAGCAAACGUUGCUGAACAUUCUGCCCAGAUUGGCGGCUUUCGAUAAGAGGGAUUUCAUAGAGAAGCAGCUGCCAGCUGCUAUGAACCAUUUGUUUCAGAUAUUGAGGAGCCGGGAGAAAGAUAGGAAUAUGGCCUUCAUCACUAUUGGUCUGCUCGCCAUCGCCGUCGACGGCGAAAUCGGCCCCUACGUCGACAAGAUCAUGGAGCUGAUCAAAAUGGCGCUUCCGCGCAGCGAGAUGGCGCUGAAGAAGCGGCCGACCAUCGACCCGUGCGUCUUCAAGUGCAUAACCUUCCUCAGCCUGGCGCUCGACGAUCACGAGCGCAUGGACAUCCCGAGCAUACUCGAGCAGAUGUUCGCCACGGGGUUGUCUGCUUCGUUGACGAUUUGCCUGCGAGAAUUAGCGAAAAGAGUGCCCGCGCACAAGAACAAGAUCAGUUUGGGGUUGCUGCAGAUGCUGUCCCAGAUACUGCUCAACAGGCCGCUCGUCCACCCGGGCAUGCCGAGACAAACGACCAAUCUGAUGUCUCUAAGCGCCGCCUCCGAUAUCUACGACCCGCCCAUCGUAGUGCUCGCUUUGCACACUUUGGGCACGUUCGAUUUCGAAGGGCAGCGGCUGUUGCCCUUCGUGCAGCGAUGCGCCAACCACUUCCUGCUGCACGAGCACACCGACAUACGGCUGGAAGCGGUCAAGACGACGUGCCGGCUGCUGAGGCACGCUAUUAGGGGCACGGCGAGGAGGCCAUCGGAGACGGUGACCAAGACGGUGGCGUCGGUGUUGAGUAGGCUGCUCAGCGUCGGGUUGACAGAUACGGACCCUGGCGUACGUAGAGGAGUCCUGGUAUCCCUGGACCCCACCUUCGACAACCACCUGGCCCAGGCAGAAUCCCUGGGCGCUCUCUUCGUCGCCCUGCAAGACGAGGUGUUCGAGAUCAGGGAGGUGGCGCUGUUCACGAUCGGCCGCCUGAGCUGCAUGAACCCCGCCUACGUGAUGCCCAGCCUGCGGAAGGUGCUCGUGCAGCUGCUGACCGAGCUGGAGCACUCGGGCAUCGGCAGGAACAAGGAGCAAGGGGCGCGGAUGCUGGACCAUCUGGUGGUGAGCGCGCCGAGGUUGAUCCGGCCGUACAUGGAGCCGAUUUUGAAGGUUCUGGUGCCCAAGCUGAAAGAACCCGAACCGAACCCGGGCGUCAUCCUGUCGGUCCUUUUGACAAUCGGCGAUCUGGCCGAAGUGACAGGCGGCGAUUCCGAACUCCAACAAUGGAUGCACGAACUGAUGCACAUCCUGCUCGACAUACUGGGCGAUGCGUCGGCGCCCGACAAGAGAGCGGCCGCCCUCUGUACGCUGGGGCAGCUGGUGGGAGCGACGGGUCACGUGGUGCGGCCGUACACGCAGCAUCCGGGGCUGCUGGACGUGCUCAUCAAUUUUCUGAAGACGGAGCAGCAGCCGGCUAUAAGGAGAGAGACGAUCCGAGUGUUGGGAUUGCUGGGGGCCCUGGACCCCUACAAGCACAAGAUCCACCGAGGCCAGAUCGACUUCCAGCCCGAGGCCCCCAUGCUGAUCGCGAUGUCCGACAAGGGAGCCGGCGAGGCGGACGCCGAUUUCGGUACCACCUCGAGCGAGAUGCUGGUGAGCAUGAGCUCGCACACGCUGGAAGAGUACUACCUCGCCAUGGCCAUCGCCACGCUGAUGAAGAUCGUGCGGGAUCCGGCGCUGGCGCAGCACCACACCAUGGUCGUGCAGGCGAUCACGUUCACGUUCAAGAGCUUGGGGAUCAAGUGCGUCUCCUACAUACCACAGGUCCUGCCGAGCCUGCUGAACGUGGUGCGAACGGCGGACGUCAGCUUCAGGGAGUUCCUCUUCCAGCAGCUGGCGCAGCUCGUCGCCAUCGUGAAGCAGCACAUCCGCAACUACCUCGACGACAUCUGCAAGCUGAUCAAAGAGUUCUGGCUGCCGAACAGCUCCAUCCAGGGCACGAUCGUCCUGCUGCUGGAGCACAUCGCGGUCGCCUUGGGAGCGGAGUUCAAGGUGUACCUGCCGAGACUGAUUCCGCAGAUACUCAGGCUUUUGAAUCACGACACGUCGAAAGAGAAGCAGUAUACGAUGAAGCUUUUGGUGGCGAUGCACAAGUUCGGGAACAAUUUGGAGGAUUACAUGCACUUGAUUCUGCCGCCUAUUGUAAGGUUAUUCGAUGCCCCCGACUGCCCCGUCAACGUGUCCAAGCAGGCGUUGGAAACGAUCGACCAGCUGGCCGAGAUCCUCGAUUUUUCAGAUUUCGUCUCGCGCAUCGUCCACCCCCUGGUGAGGACGAUCGACAACUCGCCCGAACUGCGCGGCGCCGCUGUCGAGUGCCUCUGCACGCUGGUGAUGCAGCUGGGCAGGAAGUUCUGCGUGUUCGUGCCGAUGGUCCAGAAGGUGCUGAACAAGCACCGCAUCCAGAACAGGAAGCUGGAGAUCCUUUUGUCGAAGAUCCAGACGGAGACGACGAUGGCGGACGAGGCGGAGCUCGGCAUGCCGCGCGCCAAGUCGCGGUCAAAGAACAGGGAAGACCCCGGAGUGUCCGGGGACUCGUCGAUGAGCCAAAGGCUGAAGGUGUCUGUGGACAAUUUGCAGCAGGCUUGGUUGCCGAACAGAAGGGUGUCGAAGGACGACUGGCUCGAAUGGCUGCGCUGCCUCAGCCUGGAACUCCUCAAGCAGUCCCCCAUCCCGGCGCUCAGGUCCUGCCUGCCGCUCGCUCAGACCUACUCGCAGCUGCCGCGCGACCUCUUCAACGCCGCCUUCGUCAGCUGCUGGACGGAGCUGGCCGAGGACAAGCAGAAGAGCCUGAUUGGCGGCUUCGAGCUGGCCCUCGAGGUGCCCGACGUGCCCGAGAUCACGCAGACCAUUUUGAAUUUGGCCGAGUUCAUGGAGCACUGCGACAAGGGGCCGCUGCCCUUGGAUCCGCACAUUCUCGGGGAACACGCGAUGAAUGGCAGAGCUUACGCGAAAGCGUUGCACUACAAGGAAGAAGAAUUCGAACGGGGCGGUUCCUACAACGAUCAGGUGGUGGAAUCGCUGAUAUCGAUCAACAAUAAGCUGCAGCAGAAAGAGGCGGCCGAGGGGCUGUUGCAGUACGUGAUGAGGCAAGCCGGGGAUGUGCAGGUCAAGGUGCGAUGGUACGAGAAGCUGCACAAUUGGGACAAGGCUUUGGGCAUGUACAAGGAGAAGUUGGAAGCUGGAGGAGAGUUCGAUCAGGAGGCUUGUCUAGGACAAAUGAGAUGCUUGGAAGCCCUCGGCGAAUGGGAGGGCCUACACGACGUGGUCGAGAAUAAGUACGUCCUCCUCUCGGAAGGCAACAAACAGAAGGCGUGCCGGCUAGCCGCAGCCUCGGCUUUCGGCCUGCACAACUGGGAGUCGAUGGAGCGGUACGUCGCCAUCAUACCGCAAGACUCGCAGGACGGCGCCUUCUACCGCGCCAUCUUGGCCAUACACAAGGAGCAGUACAGGGUGGCGCAGGACUACAUUUAUAUCGCUAGGGAUAUGCUGGAUACGGAGCUGACCGCCAUGGCCGGCGAGAGCUAUCAAAGGGCGUACGGGGCUAUGGUGCAUGUUCAGAUGCUGAGCGAACUCGAGGAGGUUAUGCAGUACAAGUUGAUACCAGAAAGAAGGCCCACACUGCGAGCGAUGUGGUGGCAGAGGCUGCAAGCAGGACAAAGGUUGGUCGAAGAUUGGCAGAAGAUAAUACAGGUUCAUUCUUUGGUACUAGAACCGCACGACGAUGUUCACACAUGGCUAAAGUAUGCCGCCCUGUGCAGGAAAAGUGGAUCAGUGCAAUUGUCUCAUAAAACGCUGGUGAGGUUACUGGGGUACGAUCCUGAAGAAGAUCCCGAAUCAGCUCUGCCAGCAGACUCACCACACGUGACCUUCGCGUAUACGAAGCACUUGUGGGCAACGGAUCAGAAAAAUCGAGCUUUCCAACAGCUCCUGAAUUUCCUCACCAAAUACAGUCAGAACCCCGCAAUAGGAAAUAUCAGUUAUGAGGAUAGACAGCGGCUGUUGGCAAGGUGUUAUUUGAAAUUGGGUACUUGGCAAGAAUGUUUAGAAGGAGUCACAGAAUCUUCUAUACCGAGUGUCCUGAACUGUUACCAGCAAGCGACGGAAUUCGAUAAGGAUUGGUACAAAGCGUGGCACGCUUGGGCCUACAUGAAUUUCGAGACCGUGCUCUUUUACAAAAAUAGAGAAGAUAAUGGCAAGUCGAAGGAUAGUUUGUCCGUUGAUUCGGAGAAGAAUAUCGAUCUGAAUAAGCAUACAGUCUUGGCAGUGCAAGGAUUUUUCAAAUCGAUCUACCUCUCGAAGGGCAGCUCCCUGCAGGACACCCUUCGACUGUUGACCCUGUGGUUCGACUACGGCCAGACGACGCAGGUGUCUGACGCCAUAGCCGAGGGCAUCCGACUGGUCGAGAAGAUCACGUGGCUGCAGGUCAUCCCGCAGCUGAUCGCGCGCAUCGACACCAACCGGCAGCUCGUGUCCAAGCUGAUCCAUCAUCUGUUGGUGGACAUCGGCAAGACGCAUCCUCAGGCGUUGGUGUACCCCCUGACGGUCGCCUCGAAAAGUAAUUCGACGAUAAGGAAGAACGCGGCCAACAAGAUCCUGAAGAGCAUGAGCGAGCACUCGCCGACGCUGGUCAGACAGGCGCUGAUGGCGUCCGAGGAGCUGAUCAGGGUGGCCAUCUUGUGGCACGAGAUCUGGCACGAGGGACUCGAGGAAGCUUCGAGGUUGUACUUUGGAGAACGAAACGUCGAUGGAAUGUUGAGAAUAUUAGAACCUCUGCACAGCAUGAUGCAGAGAGGGCCGGAAACCAUGAAGGAAACCAGUUUCAAUCAGGCUUACGGCAGAGAUUUGAGCGAGGCGCACGAAUGGUGUCAAAGAUACAGGAUUUCCGGCAACAUUCGGGACCUGAACCAAGCUUGGGACCUGUACUAUCACGUGUUCCGAAGGAUAUCGAGGCAGCUGCCGCAGCUGACGUCGCUGGAGCUGCAGUACGUCUCUCCCAAUCUGCUGCUGUGCAAGGACUUGGAGCUCGCAGUACCUGGAAGCUAUUCGCCCGGGCAGCCCGUCGUCAGGAUCGAAUAUUUCAACAGGUCGUUGGAGGUGAUCACCUCGAAACAGCGGCCUCGAAAGCUCGUGAUCCGCGGCAGCAACGGCAAAGACUACAUGUUCCUGCUGAAGGGGCACGAGGACCUCAGGCAGGACGAGCGCGUCAUGCAGCUGUUCGGCCUCGUCAACACUUUGCUGCUCAAGGACCCCGACACGUUCAGGCGCAACCUGACCAUCCAGCGGUACGCCGUCAUCCCGUUGAGCACGAACUCGGGCCUGAUCGGGUGGGUGCCGCACUGCGACACGCUGCACACGCUCAUCAGGGACUACAGGGACAAGAAGAAGAUCCUGUUGAACAUCGAGCAUAGGAUCAUGCUGAGGAUGGCGGCCGAUUACGAUCAUCUGACGGUGAUGCAGAAGGUCGAGGUGUUCGAACACGCGCUAGAGCAUACUCACGGCGACGAUCUGGCGAGGCUGCUGUGGCUGAAGAGCCCCUCGUCGGAGGUAUGGUUCGACCGCAGGACGAACUACACUAGAUCGUUGGCGGUGAUGUCCAUCGUCGGGUAUAUCCUGGGGCUGGGCGAUCGGCACCCGAGCAACUUGAUGUUGGACAGGCUGAGCGGUAAGAUCCUGCACAUCGACUUCGGCGACUGCUUCGAGGUGGCGAUGACGCGCGAAAAGUUCCCCGAGAAGAUCCCCUUCCGUCUAACGCGCAUGCUCACCAACGCGAUGGAGGUCACCGGCAUCGACGGCACCUACCGCAAGACGUGCGAAUCGGUCAUGUCGGUGCUGCACCGCAACAAGGACAGCCUGAUGGCGGUGUUGGAAGCGUUCGUUUACGAUCCGCUGCUCAACUGGCGGCUGAUGGACACGGCGCUGAAGAACAGGUCGACGACGGGGGAGAUUGUCGGCUCGUUCUCUACGAGCACUUCUCAGGAACACGACCUGAUCGAAUCGCUGAGCAUGACGAUCAACAAGAAGAGCCUGCUUGCGGACAUCGUGAGCGAGGGUUCGCAACCGGAGGCGGUCAAUAAGAAGGCGGUCACCAUCAUCAACCGCGUGCGGGACAAGCUGACCGGCCACGAUUUCAACGUAGAAGAACAGGUCACUAUCGAGAAGCAGGUCGAGCUGCUCAUCCAGCAAGCCACCAGCAACGAGAACCUGUGCCAGUGUUAUAUAGGGUGGUGUCCUUUUUGGUAA